UUGUUUCCUUCAUUAAGAUUCAAUUACUUCUCUAUAUUUUUUUCUGUUUUUCAGAGGAAGGAAACAAAGGUUAUGGACCUGUUUUUGAGGAGCAACCCAUUGAUACCAUCUACCCGGAAGAAUCUUCAGAUGGACAAGUUUCAAUGAACUGCAGGGCUCGAGCAAUUCCUUUUCCUACUUACAGGUGGAAACUCAACAACUGGGAUAUUGAUUUAACGAAGGAUCGCUACAGUAUGGUGGGAGGCAGACUUGUUAUCAAUAAUCCAGAGAAAUCAAGGGAUGCUGGAAAAUACGUCUGUGUAGUAUCAAAUAUCUUUGGAACUGUCAGAAGCAGUGAAGCCACUCUGCGUUUUGGAUAUCUGGAUCCUUUUCCACCUGAGGAACGCUAUGAGGUUAAAGUACGAGAAGGAGUUGGAGCAGUGCUUCUUUGUGAGCCCCCUUACCACUACCCAGAUGAUCUCAGUUACCGCUGGCUUCUCAAUGAGUUCCCAGUAUUCAUUGCUUUGGACAAACGACGAUUUGUGUCACAGACAAACGGCAACCUCUACAUUGCAAAUGUAGAAGCAUCAGAUAAGGGCAAUUAUUCGUGUUUUGUGUCCAGCCCUUCAAUAACAAAGAGUGUAUUCAGUAAAUUUAUUCCACUUAUUCCACAGUCUGAUCGUGCAAAAUUAUAUCCUGCUGAUAUCAAGGUGAAGUUCAAGGACACGUAUGCUCUCCUGGGGCAAAAUGUGACACUGGAGUGUUUUGCUCUUGGGAAUCCGGUUCCUGAACUUCGAUGGAGUAAAUACCUUGAACCCAUGCCAGCCACUGCUGAGAUAAGCAUGUCUGGGGCAGUUCUUAAGAUCUUCAAUAUUCAGUAUGAAGAUGAAGGCCUUUAUGAGUGUGAAGCUGAAAACUCUAAAGGAAAAGAUAAACAUCAAGCAAGAGUUUAUGUACAAGCCUCUCCUGAGUGGGUGGAACAUAUUAAUGACACAGAGAAGGAUAUAGGCAGUGACCUAUACUGGCCUUGUAUAGCUACAGGCAUGCCUAUUCCAACAAUUAGGUGGUUGAAGAACGGUGUCUCGUUCCGGAAAGGUGAACUAAGAAUACAAAGUCUGAGCUUUGACGAUGCCGGCAUGUACCAAUGUAUAGCAGAAAACACGCAUGGAAUUAUUUAUGCAAAUGCUGAACUGAAGAUUGUGGCUUCACCUCCAACUUUUGAACUGAACCCUAUGAAGAAGAAAAUCCUAGCCGCUAAAGGGGGCCGUGUAAUCAUUGAAUGCAAGCCGAAAGCUGCUCCUAAACCAAAAUUCUCCUGGAGCAAAGGAACAGAAUUGCUUGUGAAUGGGAGCCGCAUACGUAUCUGGGAUGAUGGGAGCCUUGAAAUUAUCAAUAUCACAAAGCUGGAUGAAGGUCGCUACACUUGUUUUGCAGAAAAUAACCGAGGAAAAGCUAAUAGCACCGGUGUUCUAGAAAUGACAGAAGCUACAAGGAUUACUUUAGCUCCGCUGAAUGUUGAUGUCACUGUUGGAGAGAAUGCUACCAUGCAAUGCAUUGCAUCCCAUGAUCCUACAUUGGACCUGACAUUUAUUUGGUCUCUAAAUGGCUUUGUAAUCGAUUUUGAAAAAGAGCAUGAACAUUAUGAAAGGAAUGUCAUGAUCAAAUCCAAUGGUGAGCUGCUCAUUAAAAACGUUCAGCUGCGGCACGCAGGGAGGUACACGUGCACUGCUCAGACGAUUGUGGACAACUCCUCGGCUUCAGCUGACCUUGUGGUAAGAGGUCCUCCAGGCCCUCCUGGAGGUAUAAGAGUCGAAGAAAUCAGAGACACUGCUGUAGCACUUACCUGGAGCCGUGGAACAGACAAUCAUAGCCCUAUUUCAAAAUACACUAUCCAGUCAAAAACCUUUCUAUCUGAAGAGUGGAAAGAUGCCAAAACAGAACCAUCAGAUAUUGAAGGAAAUAUGGAAUCUGCCACAGUGAUUGAUUUAAUUCCAUGGAUGGAAUAUGAGUUCCGGAUAAUAGCAACAAACACUCUGGGGACAGGAGAACCUAGUAUGCCGUCACAGAGAAUCAGAACUGAAGGCGCUCCUCCUAAUGUGGCUCCUUCUGAUGUUGGAGGAGGGGGUGGAAGCAAUCGAGAGCUGACAAUAACAUGGAUGCCUUUGUCAAGAGAAUACCACUAUGGCAAUAACUUUGGUUAUAUAGUGGCUUUCAAGCCGUUUGGUGAGAAAGAAUGGAGAAGAGUCACAGUUACUAAUCCUGAAAUUGGCCGGUAUGUCCACAAGGAUGAAUCAAUGCCACCUUCAACCCAGUACCAAGUAAAAGUGAAAGCUUUUAACAACAAAGGGGAUGGACCAUUCAGUCUCACUGCUGUCAUUUAUUCUGCACAAGAUGCUCCAACUGAAAUACCUACAGACGUGAGUGUAAAAGUUUUGUCAUCUUCUGAAAUGUCUGUUUCUUGGCACCACGUUUCUGAUAGAUCUGUGGAAGGAUAUCAGAUUCGUUACUGGGCUGCUCAUGAUAAAGAAGCAGCUGCACAGCGGGUACAAGUGAGCAAUCAAGAAUAUUCAACUAAACUGGAAAACCUGAAGCCUAACACACGCUACCAUGUAGAUGUUUCUGCCUUCAAUAGUGCAGGCUAUGGUCCUCCCAGUAGAACCAUCGAUGUUGUUACCAGGAAAGCACCUCCAAGCCAACGUCCAAGAAUUAUCAGUUCUGUAAGAUAUGGUUCAAGGUACAUCAUCACCUGGGAUCAUGUGAAGGCGAUGUCUAAUGAGUCUGCAGUUGAAGGCUACAAGGUAUGA